UCAGAAACAGCCCCUGGGGCUUCCCUGGCGGUUCAGCGGUUAAGACUCCGCUCUUCCACUGCAGGGGGCACGGGUUCGAUCCCUGGUCGGGGAGCUAAGUUCCCGCAUGCCGCGCUGCACGGCCGAAAGAAAAAAGAAAAAAUAGCCUCUAUGUCUACAGGCACCACUGCAUUGUAACAAGGCAGAGGCUUCUGGUGCAGGUGACAGAGGAGCAUUUGCUUGGAGGCCCAGGCCCCACAGAGGGGGAUAUUUCCUGGGCCCCCAACCAAAACAGGCCCCCGUCAGGACUGUAGUGAUUCACUCUCUGGAGAAGAUGAAACCACAGAUCACCCAACAAAACAGGGAGAAUGCACAUCCUCAGUGACCCCCGCUCAUGGUGGACGUUGGCUUCCUGGCUCUAUAGCAACAUUCCUACAGUCAGCUUCCAAGGGGACACCUUGGAGGGAGGAGGUUAAGCCAAAAUAGCACCGCAGCCGAUUUGGAGAAUCACAGCUCUAUUAUUUAGCUGUAAGACCCUAUCUAGAGCCUUUGCCCCUUUGGGCCUGAGUUUCCCCAUCUGUAAAAUGAGGAGGCUGAGCCAGGUGACCUCCAGGGGUCCCACCGGCCCUGCUGUGCUGAGGGAGUUUAGGAAACAGUCCUGAGAGCCGGAAGACCCCAUGAGGCCAGAGCCCCGUGCUUGCUCCCGGCUCUGGACCACGCUGUUUACAGACAGCGAUGCUCGCCUUACUCAUGACCCAGAGAAUUCCUCUGAUGCGGGAAUUCCAGAGAAUUCCUCUGAUGCCGUAGCUCUGUUGGUCUGCAGAACAGGAUCCACCCGCCUCCACAUCAGUUCUUCUCCUCCUGGCCGCCCUCUGGAAUCGCCCAGAGAGCUUUUUUAAAAACACUGGCGCUGGCACCUUGUCUCCAGAGAGUGUGAUUUAAUUCGUCUGGGGUGGGGCCUGGGCAAUGGUGUUAUUUUUUAUAAGCUCCCGGGUAUUUGCUAAUGUAGUGUGACCCACUGACCCAGAUGUUGGCUGCUAGCUGCUGCAGGGUGACUGCCCGGGGUGGGGGAGUGGAAACAAGCUUCCUCUGCCCUUGCCGAUGUGCCGUUGCUGUUGUGUCCGUGGUACUUUCUAGUUAUCUGAGUGUCAGCCUGUCUGGCUCAAGUCAAGAUCCCUGGCUCAGGGGUUCAACAUCCUGUAUCUCCUGGUGUCUUGUAGGUGCUCAAAGGUGGUUGGAUGGGUAGAAUCAGCGCACCCCGCUCCUCCUGCAUCCCCCAAGUCCCUGGGGUCCCUGCCCCUAAUUCAGGCUUUAGCAUUCCCCGCAAGGUCUGGGGUGUGCGGAAGGCAGGCCCGGGGUGCCUGCAGGGAGCUGUCCGGCCGCCCUCAUCCUCUGGCUGGCGAGCGUUCCUCACAGCCACCCAGCCUGACACCAGAUCUGAGUUCACAUGAUUCUGCCUCAGCUCGGGAAUGGGCAGCCUCCAGCGGGGAUUUUCUAGUCUGAACUGGGAGGAGUGGCCAGCGGGAGAUCGCAGGAGGGGGAGCUUGGGUCCUGGCUGCAGGGUCACCCGAGGGGGGUCCGCCAGGGCUGGGCCAGGGGCGUUCUCCUCCCCGGGCCUCUGCGAGCGAGCGAGCCCUGGGAGGAAGCCGGCUCUUUGAGGUUUGAGGGCAGAGCUUUGGCGGGCGGGCAGAGUCAGAGAGGACCCAGAUCCCCUGAGGCUGUUCCUCCCUCACCUGGCGGCAACCACAGUCCCCUUCCUGGGGUCCGGACCCUGAGCAGGCAGGGGUCAGUCCAGCUGUUUCCAAACAGGAUCAUGACCCAUGAGCGGCUCAGGAAAUCAAUUUAGCAGCUCACGCCCUUAAGAAAAACAAAAUAGAGUAGAAUGAUCAGAGUGCAUGGCAAGUGGUAGGGUAAGUACUGCUCUGGGUCUAUGUGUGUCUGUGUGUGUGAUGUCUCUUUGUGCUGGUUACAGUGACAAGUGCAUUCCUCACUGUGGUCUGUGGUCAAAAGAGCUCAAAGGCAGCGAGUUGGUGCCUAGAAGCCUGGGUUCUGGAUGUAGAUCCACCCCACUUACUGUAUGAGCUUGAGCAACUAGGUUAGCCUCUCUGGGCUUCAGAUUCUGUGAAAUGGGUUCACAGUGUCAGCCCCAUCGACUCACAGCAACUUUGUGAGCCCAGAUGGGAUUGAACUCUGAGACCCUUAUGAGGGCUUUAGAAAUGAGAUUGUCUCCUUGCUGUUGCUGGAUUGAGGCUGUUUCGGGGAAAGCUGGGGACUAAGGGGAAGAUGCAGCCUGAUUCUACACCCACCCCAGAGGGAAACAUCAACAGCCUCUGAAAAGGGUACUUUUAGGAAAUGGAGCAGCCCUGUUUAAAGCGUGUUUAAAUACACUGAGGAAACUCCCCAGCUCGGCAUGCUGGGGGCUCCCCUGAGCAGGGCUGCCGGGCCAGUGACUAACUGUGUGUGUGCCAGUGUGCCACCACUGGGAAGAGACGGGUGACAGAUUAAACCACUGUUUAUGCGGCAGCUGAACGGCACUGGGCACCUCUGCCUUCUGGUUUGGAAUGUGCAGGCGGCUCCCAGCUUGAGUCAGAGGCCCUUCAUGCCUUUGGGAGCUUAACUGCUCUUGGACGUUCGAGUCCUCGGAGGCCUCUAUGCUGAUGGGCGUUUGUCUAACAGUUUUGCUCUUAGUGUUGUGCUGCUUCCUGUGUAGUCUCUCGGUUUCUUAGCUGGAUGAUGAAAUGAGGUAGAUGCAGCAGCUCUGUGUUUUGAUUCUUUGCCCCAAUCCCCUCCACCUUGGGGAUCCCAGCCCCGGGCACACAGUAGGUUUUCCUCCAUGGGUGGUGAGGAAAUGGUUGACCUGCCAGGUGCAGGGGGCUGGCCCAAGCCCAAGCCUGGUGGCCUCGUGUUGGCAUAUGUAUGGACUGGAGCCUGGCAAAGCCUGGAGGUGAGGGCGGUCACUCUGUAACAACUGUGAUGAACAGAAAGACAGCACGGUGUGAAGGAAAGCGUGGACCAGUCUGAGUUCAAAACCUGGCCUACGUCGUAGCUGUGGAACUGUUGCCGAAAGCUCAGCUUCUCCGUACACCAGAGCCGAAUUGAAUCUUGGAGACAGAGUUUUGGGUGAAGUAGAAAAGGAUAGCUUUAUUACUUUGCCAGGCAAAGGGGGACCCUGGGCAGGGCGGGGGGGAGGGUCCCACCUCGAAAAACUAUGUGUUCCAAUCCCAGAGGAUGUGAUGAAGGGUUUUAUAGCAAUGGUUCAAGGGUGGGAUCUCUGACAAGAUAAGGGUCUGCGUAGGGCCUGCACUCCUUUAAUCUUGUCUCAGGUGGUUGGUCUCCUAAUCUUUCUUUUUUUUUAAAUUAAUUAACUUAUUUAUUUAUUUUUGGCUGUGUUGGGUCUUCGUUUCUGUGCGUGGGCUUUCUCUAGUUGCGGCGAGCGGGGGCCACUCUUCAUCGCGGUGCGCGGGCCUCUCUUGUGGAGCACAAGCUCCAGACGCGCAGGAUCAGUAGUUGUGGCUCACGGGCCUAGCUGCUCCGCGGCACGUGGGACCUUUCCGGACCGGGGCACGAACCCGUGUUCCCUGCAUUGGCAGGCAGAUUCUCAGCCACUGCGCCACCAGGGAAGCCCUGGUCUCCUAAUCUUGAUGAGCUUCUCUGGUCCGUUUAAUUUUGUCUCAGGUGGUUUCUUGGCUGCUCCUCCCUUGAUUAGCCACUGUUCCAAUCUGCCCUUUGGAACUCAGGGAAGGUCACGGAGGCUGGAGUCUUGCCUACAAGAAACAGGGGAUAAAAAAAGGCCUCCAUGCCCGGGAACCCUGAAGGGCCCCACUUGGUUUCAGAAUCUUGAGCAGCCUCAGUUUGUUCAUCUGUAAAAUGGGCGCUGGUGAGAGUAGUGUUGAGAGAGAGAAUGAAUGCGCAAAAACAUUCCUGGAAUGUGGAGGGCUCUCACUCGGUAUGGCUUGGUCCUUCCAUCCCAUCUACGUGUUUCCAUUUAUAGAACACUUUGCACCCACUGUGCCUUUGAUUUGGGGGAGCCAGCUUUCUGUGGACAGCAGGUAGAGAAGGGACAUUCCUGGCAAGAUGUAGUUUCCGUGGAGGGGUGCCUGUCCUCAGGGAGUGGCAAAAGGGAGGGCUGGUUGUGAUGAGGCCCGGGUGAAAAAGCAGGGCCCUCUGCGACCAGCUCCGGCAGCUUAAGCAGAUGCUAGGGGGCUGGAGAGGAGGCCACAGUGAUUCCUCCCUCUCACUUUUCUGUUUCUAUUAAUAAUGUUUCCAUUGUCCCAGCACCCACCUCAAAACCCCUUUUACCCAUCCAUCCAUUCAUCCAUCUGUCCACCUGUUCACUCAUCCGUCUAUCCACCUACCCCCUCAUCCUUCCAUUUAUUCAUCUUAUUCAUCCAACUACCCAUCCAUCCAUCCAUCCAUCCCCUCAUCCACCCACCUACCUCUUCACACAUCCAUCCAUCUAACAGAUAAUUUGGGGGAGAUUACGAGGACCAAGCACUGAAGAACAUCUCAGAUUUGUCCCUGAUUGUCCCCAGCUCCUCCUCACUAGUUGACAGUUUCUACAGCUGUUUGUUGUCCCCUCUCUGGCCACGCCCUCCUCACACCUAGCUGUUUGUGCCAAGCUACUUUCAGUUCCACACAGGUGCCCGUUCUCUCUCUCUCUCUGGCAUUUGGCCUGUUGCAUGCACUAUUUCCACAGGCAGAAACUCCCCUCUUCCCUGGCUGCCCUUCCCCCUUCUUCUGGUCUUUGAGUAGAGUGCUGCUCAGGAAGGCUUUUCUAGCUGGGUUAGUUCACCUCCUGUGAACUCCCUUAAUGUCCUGUACUCUCCCUGGGAGCUAAUCCUCUCUUUUCUUCUCCCCUCUCCCAUGAGACUAAAAACAACUUGAAUUACGCCAGGGGCCAGUGUCUAGUACAGUGCCUUCCAUAUAAUAAUAGACACUCAAUAAGUAUUUGCUGUAACAACGAAUAAGUCAACGAGUGGAUGGGUGGAUGGACAGAUGGAUGGAUGAUUGGAGAGCCAUUGAAGGGUCUGAAGCAGGAGUGAUUAGGUUAGGUUUCUGUUUUAGAGGAUGGCUUUGAGGGUGGUGCGGUGGAGACAGGGAAUCCCAUAGGAGGCCGUGCACUGAUUCUGGGGAGGCAGUCUUGACCAAGCCAAUCUGGGGGGCACUGGGGAGGGAGCUAAAAGAGGAGGAGACGGAUGUGGGAAAUAUUUAGGAGUCGAAAAUGGUAGAACUGAGUAAUCAAGUGGAUGCUGUGGACGAAGAUGAGGGAGGAAGCUGAAGGCCAGCCAUCCAACAUGAGUGACUGGGCAGGAGGAGAUGCCACCUCCAAGAACAGACUAGUGGAGAAAAUGAUGAAAGCAGGGUGGGCCUCACAGAGCGUGCCCUGUGCAGCGGAAAGAAGCUGGUUCUGUCAGCCUUCCACCCGGGGGUGGGGAGGACGUCUGGGAGUCAUCAGAGUGUUGACGGCAUUGACAUCACAGAGGCGAUGCCGUGUGUGUGUGGAGGAGGUGUUUUCCUCGAAACGUCGUAUGUGUUUCUUCUUUGCCCUGCAGACUUGAGUAUUUCUGGCUUUGCUUGCCCGAAUUCGCUUAUCAUCAGCCUGCGAAAGCGGAACCCACCAACGGUCACACCAGCCCGCCUCACACAUGCGUACACUCAGCAUUAGCAAAUGAUACGCUUCGGCCAGGUGACUCUCAACGAAUUCCUAAGACCUGACAGGACGUGUUUUCACUUUGGUUUCCUUUGCCUGAUUUUGUUGGCGCCCGGGAGCCCGUGCUGAUGAAUGGAUUUUUAUCUUCCUGUGGGUAGAUUUUAUGUGGACUGCGGAGAACCCGAGACUGGCUGUGGGCAAGUGACUUCCCCUUUCGAACCUCAGUCUCCUCAUCUGUAAAAUGGGGAAGUGGCAUUCACUUAUUCAUUCUAGAAGUACUCAGGAGUGCCCGUGGUGUGCCAGGCACUGUUCAAGGUGCACAAGGCCCUCUUGGAAUUUACAUCCUCGUGGAGGAGACAAAUCAUCAGCAGGCAGACAAGGCCUUACCCAUCACCAAUGAGGCCCAGCCUUUGCUACAGCUUGAACCACAUCCUAGAAACAAGAUGGCGGUAGAGAGACUGGUGCAUUCCUGAGCCCAUGAUGGGUGAGGCCCCUUCAGGCCCAAAGAUGGGGAACAUCACUGGAGACAACGGCUCGCUGAGCUGUGCCAUCGACCACACCAUCCACCAGACGCUGGCGCCGGUGGUCUAUGUCACGGUGCUGGUGGUGGGCUUCCCAGCCAACUGCCUGUCCCUCUACUUCGGCUACCUGCAGAUCAAGGCCCGGAAUGAGCUGGGCGUGUACCUGUGCAACCUGACAGUGGCCGACCUCUUCUACAUUUGCUCGCUCCCCUUCUGGCUGCAGUACGUGCUGCAGCACGACAACUGGUCCCACGGCGACCUGUCCUGCCAGCUGUGCGGCAUCCUCCUGUACGAGAACAUCUACAUCAGCGUGGGCUUCCUCUGCUGCAUCUCCAUCGACCGCUACCUGGCCGUGGCCCAUCCCUUCCGCUUCCAUCAGUUCCGCACCCUGAAGGCCGCCGUGGGCGUCAGCGUGCUCAUCUGGGCCAAGGAGCUGCUGACCAGCAUCUACUUUCUCAUGCACGAAGAGGUGGUGGAGGACCGGGACCGGCACCGCGUCUGCUUCGAGCACUACCCGCUCGAGCCCCGGCAGCGCAGCAUCAACUACUACCGCUUCCUGGUGGGCUUCCUCUUCCCCAUCUGCCUGCUACUGGCCUCGUACCGGGGCAUCCUGCGGGCCGUGCGCCGCAGCCACGGCACCCAGAAGAGCCGCAAGGACCAGAUCCAGCGGCUGGUGCUCAGCACCGUGGUCAUCUUCCUGGCCUGCUUCCUGCCCUACCACGCGCUGCUGCUUGUGCGCAGCCUCUGGGAGUCCAGCUGCCACUUCGCCAAGGGCAUCUUCGACGCCUACCACUUCUCCCUGCUCCUCACCAGCUUCAACUGCGUGGCCGACCCCGUGCUCUACUGCUUCGUCAGCGAGACCACGCACAGGGACCUGGCCCGCCUCCGUGGGGCCUGCCUGGCCUUCCUCACCUGCGCCAGCACGGCCCGGGCCCGGGAGGCCUACCCAUUGGGCACCCCCGAGCCCUCAGGGAAGAACGAGGAGCCCAACGUGCUGACGAAGCUCCACCCGGCCUUCCAGACCUCUCAACCACCCGGAGCGGGAGGGUCCCCAGCGGGCGGACUGGCCUAGCUGUGUCGCCCCAUCACCCGCGUGCGGGGCGAAGCAAGGCCUGAGCGUGCUCGACAGCUGCUGCCCACUUGGCCAAGGCAGGUGCCUCUUGCUGCUGGAGGGGACGAUGGACCUGGGCCGCGGGGCCCUGGGUCUGGGCCGCAGCACAACCUCCCUGGUUCCAGGGAACCUGCUGUGGCUGCCGAGUCCGACGGGGCUGCUUGUUGAGUGUGGGGAUAGGCCCCGACAGUGCGUGGGGGUCGUCUGCUGCCAGCUGGGCGGCUGGUGGGAGGGAGACCUGCUCACCUCCAGGAGGUUUUCAAAGAGAAGCUCGGGUGGGGGACGCAGAGUGUGAGGACAUGGAGAGAGGGGCCUGGGAGAUGAGAGUGGCUCCCUGGGGGCACACCUGCCCGGGCCUUCCAAUGCCGUUGUCACAGAUGACACCGGUCCAAAUGCACUGGUGUAAUCGGGGGUGGGGGGGGGCGUGACACACGAAAGUGUAUUGUCAUCAUUCAUACUUGAGCCUCACUCCACGAAGGGGUGGGAAGGAAGAUGAGUGGGCCCGGAGGUUGGACGGGGAGAAGGCAUGUAGGGAGGGGUUUGGGGCACUGAGAGUGUGUGUUUGUGGGGGACAGUGGGGGAGUAACAGGAGGAGGCGAGGCACCAGAUACAGCCAAGUCACAGUUUCACGCGCGAGGAGAGUUGAGCAGAUUCCCGAAGCCCCAGGGCUGAUGGAAAACAAAUCCUGGGGCUCCCUGGGGCUCCCUGGGGCCCCCUAG